UACUACUAGUAAUAUGUUACCCUCGGAAAGAAAAAAAAUAAUUACUCAGUAAUCUCUCUCUUUCUUUGUCAGAGGGUUGAAGAAAUGUUGAUUUCUUCACUAGUGAUUGUCUGUUUCUCUCUCUAAUCUCUCUUUCUUGAACAAAUAAGUAUUAAAGAUUGCAGCUUUUGUAUUUUUUUGGGCAUGUAAAUUUCUUUAGCUAACCGAAGUCUUCUCUUUCACGCCUCCCAAACUCUCCUCUCUCUCUCUCCAUCAACACAGCCCUAUGGAAAUUGGAGAAUCUAGGGUUUUGACAGUUGACACCACAACCCCAUAAGUAAAGGUCUGUUCUUUGUUUUCUUUCUUGCUCAAUGUUAUAGCUCUGCUACCUCUGUUGGAUGCUGAUUACCUUCACUGUAUGUUCUCAUUUUCCAUCUGCUAUGCUGUCAAGAUGCUACUUUUCUUGAGCUAAAUUAUUUCAAGGAUGUUUAGUUUUUCUUGGGUUGUAUCUUUUGGUUGGAAUCUCUUCUAUUUUAGGAAUUAGGGCUCUUUCUUUCUUUCUUUUUUUAUUGUACCUUUUUUUAGUGAAAUGGAGGAGAUUGAGGAAGCUAACAGGGUAGCAGUUGAGAGUUGUCAUAGAGUUGUUAGUCUGUUAACUCAACAACAUGAUCAGAAACAGUAUGGAAAUUUAGUUAGAGAAACUGGAGAGGCUGUUCACAAAUUCAAGAAAGUGGUUACCCUUCUAAAUUCCAAUUUGGGUCAUGCAAGAGUAAGAAAAGCCAAGAAAAUUCUGACCCCUUUUCCUCAAAACCUCCUUUUAGAAAACCCAACUUGCAAAACUGAUGAUCACCCUAAAGCCCUUCAGUUGCUGCCUGUCAAAUCUCCUGAAAUUCCUGUUCAAGAAAUUGGUUCUAAUGUGAAAAGCACUCUUACGUUAGGAUACCCUUUACUGGAAUUAAGCUCACAUAAUAAAAGCUCUCUUCAUUUAGCCAAACAAACACCUUCCUCAAGCUUUCAUUUUGCUCAACAACAGCAGCAACAGCAGAGGUUGAAGUAUCAACUUCAGCAGCAGCAAUUGAAACAACAGGCAGAUAUGAUGUACCGGCGUAGCAAUAGUGGGAUUAGUCUAAAUUUCGAUAGCUCAACGUGUACUCCGACCAUGUCAUCCACUAGGUCUUUUAUCUCCUCAUUGAGUAUUGACGGUAGUGUUGCUAAUUUGGAUGGUAAUGCCUUCCAUUUAAUUGGAGCUUCUCGCUCUGCGGAUCAGAGCUCAUUUCAACAGAAGAGAAGGUGCUCUGGAAAGGGAGAGGAGGGAAUUGUGAAAUGUGGAAGCAGUAGUAGAUGUCACUGUUCAAAGAAGAGGAAACACAGGGUAAAAAGAUCAAUCAAGGUUCCUGCUAUAAGUAACAAGCUAGCCGAUAUUCCUCCCGAUGAGUAUUCUUGGAGAAAGUAUGGACAGAAGCCGAUCAAAGGUUCUCCGCACCCUAGGGGAUACUAUAAGUGUAGUAGCAUGAGAGGCUGUCCUGCACGGAAACAUGUCGAGAGAUGUUUGGAAGAGCCUUCAAUGCUUAUUGUCACUUACGAGGGAGAACAUAACCAUCCUAGGUUGCCAUCUCAAUCGGCAAAUGCUUGACAACUUUAAGGAAAUGCUAGCAAAGAUGAUCACAAAACUCGACAAAUUUCUCAUACUCUAUUUUUGACCGGCUUCAAUUGUUCCUGUACAUAUUUUGCUUGUUUAAGCUUUGAAGUGCAGAUGAAGCUGGAUUCUAGUUGAAAUUGGAAGGUAUAUUAGGUUUUGUAGAAGGAAAUGCGAAGGCAGUUUCAGGUAAGAUGAUGCCAUAUGGGAUUUGAGGUUCCCUGAUUGUAAGAAUAUCUUGAUCAAGUAUGACUCCUUUUCAGUAAAAAAAGUUAGGAUUUUUGCAAAUUAUCUCUUACUGUGUGAUUAUUAUGUUAUGAUAUUAUUCAGGAUA